AUGUGGGAGAUGCGGGUUAUGAGAAGGCGCGUGGGUGUUCUGUGUCGAGUCACGGAGUGGGUUGCACAUGGCGGGUUCGCAGUGGACAGAGGUGCACGUGACUUCCGCACACAGGGACCACGAGGUGGACCUCAUGACCUCGUGCGCAUGGGCAUCCGCAGAGCGCUGGUGGUGCACUCCUACGGGCUCGAUGAGAUCUCCCCCAUGGGUCAGUCAGUCCACCCCAUGGGUCAGUCAGUCCACCCCAUGGGUCAGUCAGUCCACCCCAUGGAUCAGUCCACCUCACUCCAUUCCUCACUCGAGCUGCCACCCCCUCUCCCUCCCCUGUUCCACUCCCCCGCAUGUCCCUCUCUGUCCCUGUCCCUCUCCCACUUUGUCCCUCUCCCCCUUUGUCCCUCUCCCCCUUUGUCUCUCUCCCCCUUUUUCCCUCUCCCCCUUUGUCCCUCUCCCCCUUUUUCCCUCUCCCCCUUUGUCCCUCUCCCCCUUUGUCCCUCUCCCCCUUUGUCCCUCUCCCUCGCCUGUCCCUCUCUGCCCCUCGUCCCUCUUUCCCCUUUGUCCCUCUUCUCAUCCUGCCCCUUUCCCCCCCCUGUCCCUAUUCCCCCUCCUAUCGCUCUCCUUCCUUGUCUCUCGCUUUCCCCCCGUUCCUUUUUUCCCCUUGUCCCUCUCCCCCCUCUCCCCUCUUGUCCCUCUCCUCCACUGUCCCUCUCCCCCCUCUCCCCUCUUGUCCCUCUCCUCCACUGUCCCUCUCCCCCCUUGUCCCACGUCUCACAAUGUCCCUCUCUCCCUGCCUCUCUCACAAGCCCUACAGACGUGCUUGAGCCACUGACCUCCUGCUCUCGUUUCCCUCGCUCUCACAUCCGCCACCUCUCGCUCUUUCCUCUCUCCUCACUCCUCGCGUCCCUCAAUAGAUUACCUUAG